AUGGUGCCAGGCGGACUAGAACACCUUUGUAUGGAGCCAUGCAGACUAGAACACGUUGGCAUGGUACUAGUCGGACUAGAACACGUUGGCAUGGUGCUAGUCGGACUAGAACACGUUGGCAUGGGGCUAGUCGGACUAGAACACGUUGGUAUAAUGCUAGUGGGACUAGGACAUGUUCACAUGGUGCUAGUCGGACUAGGACACGUUGGCAUGGUGCUAGUCGGACUAGAACACGUUGGCAUAAUGCUAGUCGGACUAGGACACGUUGGUAUAAUGCUAGUCGGACUAGAACACGUUGGCAUGGUGCUAGUCGGACUACAACACGUUGGUAUAAUGCUAGUCGGACUAGAACACGUCGGUAUAAUGCUAGUCGGACUAGGACAUGUUCACAUGGUGCUAGUCGAGCCAGCGGUUGUGCAAACCUAUUUUUAUACUAGUUGUAAAACUUGA